AUGGCAGAUAAAACAAGUGUAUUAUCUCAGAUGGAUGAUCUCAUGGCAGAAUUGGGUAUUAUGGGUGAUCAAAUUAAUAAAGAUCAAUCUACCCAACAACAACAAACAGACAAUUCAUCACUAAGUGCAAGUAAGAAAUCAAACUUUUUAAUGAGUGGACCUGGAUUGGCUGCUGGUGCAAACAAUAACCCUACUGCCUUUAACAACAACAAUGCUACACCACAACAACAACAAUCAACAUCUGGAGGAGCAUUUGUAAUGAGUGGGCCUGGAUUAGCAGCAAGAUCAAUCAAUUCAAAUAAUGGUAUAUCGGUAGGAGUUUCGGCAUCACCAACAUUGGUACCAAACCCAACACCAAUGGUUGCUCCCAUUGCCAUUGCAUCAGAGACACCUGAUGGAAGAUCAAUCAAACCAAUGGGACCACCAUGCGGACACUGUGGUGAGAUGAUUAUCGGUAUUUCGACCAAUGCUCUUGGCAAGUCUUACCAUCCAGAGCAUUUUGUGUGCACAUACUGUCGUCUCCCAUUCAAGGGUGCAUUCAUUGAACACGAUGGAAAGUUGUAUUGCGAAAACGAUUAUACAGAUCUUUUUAGUCCACGUUGCGCUGCCUGCGCCAAGCCAAUCGAGGAUACAUGCAUCUCUGCACUCGACUGCAAGUUUCAUCCAGAUUGUUUUGUUUGCAGUGGUUGCGGUACUGGUCUACGUGGAAAGCCAUACAAGGAAGAGGACGGUGAAGUAUAUUGCACAGCCUGCAAGGUUGCCCGUCAAAAACGUCUCCAAUCAAAGUCUGAGAUUUGCGCCAAGUGCAAGCUUCCCAUUACAGGCGAGUACAUCAUUCUCGGUGGACAACCACUUCACGCCGAACAUUACCGUUGCGAAGAAUGUGGUUGCGAGUUUACGGGCAAGUCGUGUCACGAAUACGAAGGACGUCUCUACUGUUACGAAGAUUACCAAAAGCAGAUUCGUAAUAUUUGUGGUGCUUGUUCCAAACCGAUUGUUGGUCGUUCAGUGACUGCUCUCGGUAAAGUGUGGCAUCCAGAGCAUUUUGUGUGUACCACUUGUCAGGUACCAUUUGCAGGCAGUGCUUUCCGUGAACACCAAGGCAAAGCCUACUGCGAAACUCAUUACCAUAUGUACUUUGGACGUCUCUGUGUCACCUGUAACAAACCAGUGGUUGAUCGUGGUGUAGAUGCCUUUGGAAAGAUCUACCAUCGUGAACAUUUCCAAUGCACCGGUUGUUACACACUCCUCGGCAAGGAAGUAUUGGAUUGGGAUGGAAAACCACUUUGCUACAAAUGCUAUGAAGCUUUGCCAAAGGAAGUCCGUAAACGUAUCAAACAAAAGAAACAUGGUGACAAGAAAUCAGAAGUACAACGUGAAAAACUUCUUAAAAAGGAAGCAAAGGAAAAAGCAAAAGAAAAAGAAAAAGAAGCAAAAGAUAAAGCUAAAGCUGAAAAGAAAUAA